AAGCGAGUGAUUUGUGGCGGAGCAGUGGGUUACAUAGAAGUGUUCAACUGGGAUGAAUGGGGUAAUCUUCUCGAGCGGAUCCACGCCGGACACAAAGAUAGCAUCGACUGUCUCUGCGUCGUUGAGGAGGACCUGGUCAUCUGCGGUUCGUCAAACGGCUACCUGCAGCAAAUCCGCAUGCUACCUAACCAGCUGGGAAGGAUCAUCGGCAGCCAUCAGGGCGGCAUAGAAGACCUGGCGCUUAGCUUUGACAAGAAACUCGUCAUUAGCUGCAGUGACGACAAUAAAGUAAAGUUUUGGAAGAAUGACCGCAAGAGGAAGAAUGUAGCGAUCCUGUCGAAGAGGAAAAAACCGAUCCACUCGUUGAGGGAACAACUGAAACAUUCCAAGGGUGAGUUUUUCGAAGGACUCGAAGUCACCGAAGAUAAUCAGCAGGAAGAACAAGAACAAACUUUAUCAUUAUCAGAAGAAAAUGUGUAA